CUUACUCCUGUGUGGUGCAACGUAUGUGCGUGUGUAUCUGUCUCUCUGGUUUUACGCCGGUUGGCAGCCGAAACCGCCCUUUCCUCCCCUUAUAAUCCUCCACAUCUCCCUUCUCUUCUUUUCCUUUCUCUCUCUCUCCUCUCUCAAACUCACUACCUUCCAUUUUCUCUCACUACUACCUCAUAAACUCUACUUACCUUCUCUCUCUACUUUUCAUUUUCACCUUCAUUAUAAUCUUCAAUUCAUGCAUCCCUAUAACCCAUUUCAUAUCACUCCAUCUUUAAUUCGUUGCAUGCAUUGAUUAACUCUUUUUUCUUUCAGUCUGAACCGAAAAAUAAACAGUCACUGCACCAUUUUUAUUCAUUAUUUAGCUUCGUGUGUAUCGCAUAACGUUAACUAACUCCUCCACUGUCACCUAUAUCAUUUUCUCUCUCAUUUUUUUUUUUUUUUUUGCAUUUAAGUUUGUGUGAUUUUUUUUUUUUUAUAAAAAAAAAAUGGCACCAGCUGCAGCAAGUAGUAACUGGCUUUCAUUUUCUCUAUCACCAAUGGAAAUGUUAGCAACUUCACAUCAUCAUAAUCAUAAUCAUCAAACUCCUCAACUUAAUCUUCCUUCUCCUAUUUCUAACUCUUCUCAUCAUUACUAUCUUGACUCAUUUUACAACACUGAUUGGGGGAAUCAUCAGAAAAUGUACACAGACUAUGUGGUGGACCAACAAAUAGAAGAUCAUCAUCAUCAUCAUCAUGCAUCAUCAACAGUACCUAAACUAGAAGAUUUCUUUGGCGGUGAUAACAACAAUACGACAUCGUAUAACAGCCAACCCGAGUCAACAACUCAAGACUCGUCUUCUCAGUUAACUCAUCUUUACGAGUCAACUCAGCACCAUAACUCGGCACCUAACUACUUCACAAAUCACCACCAACAACAACAACAAGAUCUGAAAGCGUUUCAAGCUGCUUUCUCUACUAACUCGGGCUCCGAGGUGGAUGACUCAGCUGCAACUCACUUAGGGUGCGGUAAUGGAAGUGGGACCGAGUUUGUAGGUCAGUCUAUUGAGUCAACUCAUACUGAGUUGAUCCCGAGUUACACCACCACUACUACUACUAAUAACAACAACAACAACAAUAAUAAUAAUAACAAUGGUGGGAGUUUGUCGCUUGCUGUAGUUCCGCAAGAAAAAUCAAUAGUUGGUGUUGAUACUGAUAAUAGUAAUAAGAAGAUUUCUGAUACUUUUGGUCAAAGGACCUCCAUUUACAGAGGAGUUACUAGGCAUAGAUGGACUGGUAGAUAUGAAGCACAUCUAUGGGAUAAUAGCUGUAGAAGAGAAGGACAAGCACGAAAAGGGCGUCAAGUCUAUUUAGGUGGGUAUGACAAAGAAGAAAAGGCAGCUAGGGCUUACGACUUGGCAGCUCUAAAGUACUGGGGUCCCACUGCCACCACUAAUUUCCCGAUGUCAAAUUACAGUAAAGAAUGUGAGGACAUGAAACAUGUGACGAAGCAAGAAUUCAUCGCCUCCCUCCGAAGGAAAAGUAGUGGCUUCUCUAGGGGUGCAUCAAUUUACCGGGGUGUCACAAGACAUCAUCAGCAAGGGCGUUGGCAAGCAAGGAUAGGCCGUGUUGCUGGCAACAAAGAUUUAUAUCUUGGUACUUUUGCUACCGAGGAGGAAGCAGCUGAGGCCUAUGAUAUAGCAGCCAUCAAGUUUAGAGGCGUAAAUGCCGUGACCAAUUUCGAGAUGAACCGUUAUGAUGUGGAGGCCAUCCUUAAGAGCAACCUACCUAUUGGUGGGGCUGCGAAGCGUUUGAAGCUAGCUACUGAGGCGGCUGAUCAGAAACCGACACUCAGCCUAGACCAACAAUCACAUUCUAGCAAUGGGAGCAGUGGUGGUGGUACAAGCAGUACCAUCAACUUUUCUGCUAUUCAAUCAGUUCCCCCCAUCACAUGUGUGCCAUAUGAUACCGCAACUGCUAUUUUCCACCAGAACCUAUUUCAUCACCUGAAUUCCAAUGGUGGGGCUCAAGCAGUUACUUCGGAUUCUUAUGGUUCCGGAUUGUCUUCAGUGGCUCCGAUGAUGUCGCUGAUGCCACAGACACCAGCAGAGUUUUACAUAUGGCCUCAUCAGUCAUAUUAAAGAGAUAUCAACUAAUGAAGGGUUAACUGCGUAGAAGGUUUUAGUUUUAGGUAUUAGUUAAAGCUUAAUUAGUGCUAUUGAUCAAAGAAGAAAGCUAAUUUUGUCCCAGAGAUGUCUCUCCUAUUAACAGGUAAUUUCCCCUAUGGUUUGUUAGCUGACCAAAUAUUAUGUUUUGAUAUUAGUAUCUGACCCAUUUAGCCUCCUAGCUAGCUAGUGUAGUGAUUAACCUUUUGACAAAGGCUGAUGAUAAUAGAUAUUUCGGGGCUUCAUUAUGCGACUUGGUAGAAAUUAGAGACAAAUACUGGAAAUUUUGUGUAUGUAUAGCUAAAUAGCUUUAUAUCAAUGGCUGAAUGACUAGAUUCGUGAAAUGGGUCAUUGCAUAAAUGUCUUCAGAAAAGAAAAAAAGUUUCAUUAUUUGUAGUUCCA